AAUCCACUUGAAAAACGCAACAGAGGUGCCGUUUUGCUGUAGCAUCUUCUCUUUGCCUUUGCUCGGUGCUCGCCGGUUUCAUCCUCGCAUUCACAAAUCGCAACGGUUCAACUUAAUCUGUUGUUUAACAUCAACUAGAAGUCAAUGAAAAUGUGUAGUUCAUGCUGAAUUGGGCCUUCUGAUUCCCGAGCCCACAUUUUCAUUGCUAGAAAAUGGAUGAGGCCACGCAAUUGCAAGUAUCCCUCGACAAGCUUCCCAUCAAGCGCUUGGAUUCCAUCGAAGAAAAUGGAAUCGAACGAUUCCCUCCAGAUGUAGAUUAUGAUGAAAAGCGGCUCUCGCUAAUAAGGCGAAUUGAUUUUGCUUGGGCCAUUGAGAAGGACGAGGAAAAGAAAAAACAGAAGAAGAGCUCAAAGGAGACGUCAACGCCGUGGCAAUGGCAGAGCAUGGUAGAAAAUUUGCAGUUGGCGCAUCAGGAGCUAACUGUCAUCAUAGAUCUCAUCAACACUGUGGAAGCAAAUGAUGCAGUUACAGUGGCUAGCAUGACAAGACCAAAACUAUUACCAAAUGAAGCUUUGUCUGAUCAGGCUGUAUCUGCAGCCACCAAGUUGCAAUGUUACCGUCACGUUGGGAAAUAUUUCAAGCAAUCUGCCAAGGCUUUUGAACAACAGGUUGCUCGGGAAGCUAGGUUUUAUGGUGCCCUUAUCAGGUUACAGCAAAAUUGGAAGGUUAAACGGCAACGUCAGGCAGCUAUAGUUCCUGGGAAUGAAGGCUUCACUUUGGAUCUCUUUGAUAGCUCGUAUGAUCAAGCAACUAUUGUUCGGUCAUUGUCUACGUCCACUGUUCGUGUAAAUCAUGAUGCGGCUGGAAUGCUCGCAAUAAAUGUGUCUCCCGAUUUAUGCCAUUCUCUCCAAUUUGGUUUUGUUGGUGCACAAUCAGAGGAUAUUGUACGGAGAAAAUCCAAUGAAGACAAAUCCCACUUUCCAGGUGAGCAUUAUUUGGGAGAAACUGGCAAAGAGUCCUCAAGUGAUGAAGAGUGUGUUAAGAAAACGCAUUCACUCCUUCGUGAAGUACAUCAAGCAAUUUUCAAUGAACAGGUAUUUGAUCUGGUGAACCGUGAAGCAUUUAACACAUCUACAGGUGUCAGUGUGACUGGAAUACGGGAAAAUUAUUUACAACUAAGCUUAGGUCAAGGAACUUUUGUGUACUUAUCACUAGUGUCCAAAAGUCAAGAUCAUCCUACAGUUGAAGGUGAACUCACCAAUAACAUAGAAAAUGCAGUUUUACCUCUGGAAUCAUCUGAUGAAAUGGAGCUUGAUGCCAAACAGAACACCCCUAAGAAGAAAGGGCAGUUUUCUAAUCCUAUCUGCUAUGAGAUUUACAUUCAACAGAUUUUUCACGAACAUAUAUUUGGAAGAGGUAGUGAAAAACCAAUUACCUCUGGUAAUCGUUCAUCUAGCAUACAGGCAAAGGAUGGAUCCAGUCUUCUUGGCCAUUUUUUUAUGUCUUUGGCUCACAGGAUCUUUUCGAGUAAAGUUCUUGCAGAGCUGGAAAAUUUGGUAUGCAAGGUCCCAUAUCUCCAGCUAGUUUCUAAUCCCACGUGGCAUUCACGGGCAUCGUCGUGGACUCUCUUUAUGGAGGUUCCUCAGUCUAUUCUUCGUGGAAGCCAAGUGAAAACAUCAGAUUAUUACGAGAAAAAUGCUAUUAAGCGUCAGUUUUGGACGAAGGUGGUGGUAAACGAUGAUUGCAUCAAUGUUACAGCAGAAGGUUCUCCAAAUGUCGCAGGCCUGUUCAAGGGAAAGUCUGAGGAAACCCACUCAAUAAACAAAUAUGACUGCAACUUAGCUGAUCUUCCUGUGAUCAUUUUGCAGCAGGUUGCGAGCCAAAUUAUUAAUUGGCUCUAUCAGGAAGCUCUGAUGGUUGGGAUAAAAGCGAAUCGAGACUUCUUAUGCUUAUCUUUUGAGUUGGAGCAGGGUGAAACACUUGGCUUGGUUGCAAAUGUUAAUCCAGAAGAUAGUGAAGGGUGUAUAUCUUGGUCGUUGGUCAUGGAGUAUAGUUUUGCAGAGGAGCAAAAGCUUCAUAUGAACAUCACGGAUGGUGCAUCUGAAUAUAGGAAAUUCAUAGGUCACUUGUCUCUUGAUUUGUUAUACGCAACACUAAUCGACUUGGUUGGCUUAUGCAGUGGUGGUGCUGGCCAAUGAAUUUGUAUCAGUGUUUUUCUUGCACUCGUCAAGUGGCUGAUCGCCCAGGUCUUAGGCGACCAUUGUAUUAUAUCCAUGUCUUUAUGUAAUCCAUGUACACUACUCCACCUUAACUGUUUUUUCUGUUUCUAUUUGAGAAAAGAAUGUAUAAUUCAUGCAAACCAUAAUCCGAAACCAGCUUGGAAAUUUUCAAAUCGGUUUUGUACACCACCAGUUGCAAAUUCUGCACUUGACCCUGAUCAAAUACAAGUGCGAUAGGCCUUUACUUGCUUUCUUUCGUUUGCUUACUUUUUGUGAUCUGUAUCCACUUGAAUGUUAUUGUAUUCUGUUGUUUAACUAAUUUCAUAAUGCCUUUUUCUGAG